AUGCGCGGUGAGAUCGACUGCAAGGCACCGGGCCUUCAGCUUCUGAGACACAAAGCGUUGGAGAAGCUGCGGUCAUGGCCUAGUCACGAGUUUCUGCAUAUGAAGCGAGAGUGGAAUCAGAGCGCAGAUCGACUAGCCAGCACCGCAUUGCAGAGCGAAAAGGGAAGAACGGUUGUAGCUGAAGAGGAUCGGCAAGAUCUGAUGACUCUGAACCGUCUCGAUGAAUUGUUGAAGCCCAAGCAAGAUGGUCAGCUGGCUCGGGCAACUGCGAUCACGAGAUCAGCCAGGAGGAUACGUCAUGAACCUGAAGUGAUACAGGAGGAGAUAGUACAGAGGAUCAGGAUUCAACGAAUUGUCCAAGCUCAAGAUGAAGAGCGUUGGAUUGUCAAUCUCAAGACAUAUCUAAGUGGCGAUGUAUCAAACUUGGAUGCGGUAGAAGUGAAGAUGUGCGCCAAACUGGCGCCGGAAUACGAGAUCGAUGAGAACAAUCUGCGAUUUUUUGCCCCAUGGCGAAAAGAGAGUCAGAAGAUCGCGAUGGUUUGA